CUCCUCCUCGUUCCCAGCUCAGGUGGUGCGGUCGGGUUUGGAGCAGGAAGUGGGAAGUGGAAGACUGUGGCCAGGAAAGCUGAAGACUUUUCUCUUUAUAACUAUUAUCACAUUCUCCAUAAGCGUUAUUUGCUUGAAGAAGACUUGCAUUAAGGAAGGCAUCGGAGGACACUGUCAUGUGGAAGGCAGCUGCUGGUCAGUCCGUCUCUGUUGCAGAGGAUGAUGGAGGAGAUGAUUGGGAAACUGACCCGGACUUUGAGAAUGAUGUGUCGGAGAAGGAGCAGCGCUGGGGAGCCAAGACUGUGGCAGGCUCCGGACAUCAGGAGCACAUCAAUAUUCAUAAGCUGCGUGAGAGAGUGUCGUCUGAACACAGUGAGCUGAAGCAGAAGGAGCUGGAGCACAUGCCCAGAGCGUCUCACGGUUACGGAGGGAAGUUCGGACUGCAGCAGGACCGCAUGGAUAAGUCUGCCGUGGGACACGAGUAUCAGAGCAAGCUGUCCAAACACUGUUCCCAGACGGACACCUCCAAGGGUUUCGGAGGUAAAUUCGGCGUGGAAGCUGACCGUGUUGACCAGUCUGCCGUGGGCUUCGAGUAUGCUGGAAAGACAGAAUUCUUUCUCUCAUACGUCAACAACAAUGGGUUCGGGGGCCGCUACGGCGUGCAGGCGGAUCGUGUGGACCAUGCAGAGCGUUUCGUCUUUGGCUCAUGAUGUGUUGUUUCAGACUACACCACGGGGUUCGGGGGCCGCUACGGCGUGCAGGCGGAUCGUGUGGACCGCAGCGCUGUGGGCUUCGACUAUCAGGGGAAAACAGAGAAGCACGAGUCACAGAAAGAUUACGCCAAAGGCUUCGGUGGCAGAUUUGGAGUGGAGACGGAUAAAGUGGACAGGAGCGCUGUGGGCUUCGAGUACCAGGGAAAGACUGAGAAACACGAGUCUCAGAAAGACUAUGUGAGGGGCUUCGGGGGGAAGUUCGGCGUUCAGACGGACCGUCAGGAUAAGUCUGCGGUGGGAUGGGAUCAUCAGGAGAAGCUGCAGCUGCACGAGUCACAGAAGGAUUAUGCCAAAGGAUUCGCUCUCAUGCCUACUUCUCCUAGCGCCGGCACGUUUGAGGAGGUGGAGAAGCCGAGCGCGGCGUAUCAGAAGACCCGUCCGGUGGAAGCAGCUGGCAGCGGUGCUGGAAGUAUUAAAGCUCGCUUUGAGAACAUGGCGAAGCAGAAUGAGGAGGAGGACCGGAAGAGAGCAGAAGAGGAGCGCGCUAGACGACAGGCCAAAGAGAAGCAGGGACUGAACAUAACACACCUAUUGAAGUGUUGUGAUGUUCAGGCGGAGCCCGUGGGUGAGGCGGUGGAGAACGGUGCAAACAUCUACGAGGUGGAGCCGGUCUCAGCAGAACCCACAUAUGAAGAACCGGUCCUGGAAGACCUGUACCAGAGCCCUGAGCCGGACGAGCAGAACCAGACCGCAGGCGCUCAGUCGUAUGAGUAUGGGGAGGAUCUUGGCGUGACUGCCGUGGCUCUGUACGACUAUCAGGCCGCGGGUGACGACGAGAUCUCCUUCGAUCCGGACGACAUCAUCACAAACAUCGAGAUGAUCGACGAGGGCUGGUGGAGGGGCGUGUGCCGCGGCGCAUACGGACUCUUCCCGGCCAACUACGUAGAAGUCCGACAAUAGACUCGCUCCAUGCACUCUUCACACAGCAGAGCUCAUGCUUCCAGUCCAUUAUCAGGGCUGCUUUCUCUUCUUUCACUGUAGUAUGUCGGGCGUUCUCUGGUCUUUCUGCUUCCUUCAGCUCAACUCUCACUUCCUGUUUCACAUCAGUAGGUGUGUGUGCUUUAGUGGAUCCAGCUGCCGUCAGAGAUUUUAUAACACUUCUGAGAAAGUUUAUUAACUCACACAUAUAUAUAUACAUGAGUGUGUGAAAUAAGAGACCGUACAGUCCAAAGAUCUGAGAUCUUCUGGCUUGUUUUAGAGAAAUAAUGUCCUUUGUCGUGAACACAGAUGGCUUCUUUGACUCCUAAAGCUGCGUCCGUACGAACACUUUAACCUCAUCUCCGUGUCUCUGUGCAGUGUUGGAAUACGGAGAACCUGAAUUGAUAAGUUUGAAAAUAUGAUCAUAAUCAAUGAAGGCCAAAAUAUACUGCCCUAAUACGUCACUGCUAUCACGUGUGUGUACAGGAUGAGCAGACAUUCCAUCGCCGUGUUUGAAACCAUUUAUAAAAAUCAGUUUGGUGGUAUUUGAAGGGUUGUGUAUUAAAAUCAGAUGUAGCGUGAACUAUGUCUGUCUGAUUUGCAUCGUCUCUGCGCUUCUCUGUGUUCUGAUUCAUCUGGACUCGAUGUGGCAGACUGAUGCCGAGCUCUUUGAGAGAGCAUGACAUCUGUCUGUGACCACUGAAUUAUAUCGAAUGACCUGGUGUCACACAGGUGCAGGGGAGUUCAUUCUGUUUAAUGGCUUAGCAGCAACUAAUCUGUGUUUUGCAAUUUUAGUUAAGUAACCUUUUCAAACAAAUUAUGUGCUUAUCUACACUGGCUCUCUUUACAAAGCUGUUUUAUAAGAAAUAUCAUUUAAGAAUAAAAAAUAAAACUAG